AUGAUAUUCUCUCCGCGCCCGCCGAACCCGCCUGGCUUUGUCGAGCUCUCCGCGAACGCUUAUCACACUGCUCCCUCACCCCCGCCUUUCCUGUUCGACCCAUCGGUACCAUCCUUUCAACCAUCGCUGAAGACCCUUCAGGCGCUGGGCGACCCUGGAGUCAGGGCGGUUGUCUCCCCGGCCGUGGCUCGUCAUGCACUAGCGAUAGAGCAGCGACAUGCCCGCCGGAUGGAUCCGUACGGAGUUCAGUUCCUUCAUGAGACUACGUAUAACGACGGCGUCCGCGAACGGAUCGACUACGAUGGCUGGCCCACCAUCAUGCCAACGUUGACUCCGUUUGGCGCUUCAGACAUACCCUGCAUCGAGAUGACUGAUGCGUCGGAGACCACUGCGGACGACGCGUGCGGGGAGCCAAUGGAGGGUAUCGAGGACACAACUCUGGUUGAUGCAUCUAGAUAUGCCUUCUCGCCUACUCCUCCGCUCCUUGUGAAGGCGAAGGAAGCUCUAUCGCCCUCGCUGUAUAGCACCUCGGACGUCACUAGCCAGCCCUCGACUUUGUCUCUUCGCUCCGCCUCUCUCCCCCCGCUCGCUCGCCCGCACGGCAAAGACCAAUUCUCGAGGGGCCGCUGCGCUAUCUGCUCGAAGGCCUCCAAGCAUCACUUGUCGAGCUCGUGCCCUGCCGAGUACGCGCCCCUGCAUCGCCGAGUGGAGGAUGAGGACGGCCAGACCUUCUGGGUGUCGACGCUCGAGGACCGCCCGGAAGCCUGUUGCGACUUCAACGAGGGCCUACGCUGUUCCAAUGACUGCCCGACCGACAGCCAUUGGUGCUCGCUGUGUGCGCAGUAUACUCACGGCGCUCAGGACUGCCCUUUGUACUUCCGCUACGUGGGCGGGGGGAAGUUCGAGUCGCACACGCGCGACAACUACCUUCCCAACUGCCGACCUUUGCGCCGCCAGGCCCCAAAGAAGAUUUACAAGACGAACAAUUUCAACGUGAACAACGUCAACUCUCACACCGCUACCUUUGGUUCUUGA